UGCUUCCUGGAUACUGAGAUGUUAAUGUACCGGGGCGAGGCUCUAGAAGAUUUCACAGGCCCGGAUUGUCGUUUUGUGAAUUUUAAAAAAGGUGACUCUGUCUACGUUUACUAUAAAUUAGCAGGGGGAUCACCGGAAGUUUGGGCUGGAAGUGUUGGACGUAUUUUUGGAUAUUUUCCAAAGGAUUUAGUUAAGGUAGUCCAUGAAUAUACUAAAGAAGAGCUACAAGUUCCGGCAGAUGAGACAGAUUUUGUUUGUUUUGAUGGGGGAAGAGAUGAUUUUGAUAACUAUAAUGUAGAAGAACUUUUAGGGUUUUUGGAAUUGUACAAUUCUGCCACUGGAGAUUUGGAGAAAUCUCUAGAAAAGACUUCUCAGCACGUGGAAAAACCUCCCGAAAAAUCUAAGGAAAGUGAGCCUGAGCCUGAACCUGAGCCUGAGCCUGAGCCUGAGCCUGAGCCUGAACCUGAGCCAGAGCCUGAACCAGAAGAAGCCAUCUCAGAGGAGAGUGAAAGUACAUUCUCAGAAAACACUAAGGAUCACGAGGAACAAUUGACUGCUCAGAAGAACCAAAUCCAUGCAAACAGUCAAACAGAAAAUACUCAGGGCAAACAGUCUUCAUUUGAACCUUUUGAAGAAAUGCUGCAGGAUAAUUUCAAAGUGCCGGAAAGUGAAAACAAUAAAACUGGCAAUAGUUCUUUGGUCUCACGUGAGCAGGAGAUCAACGCUUACACACUUUUGAAAAAAGAAAUGACUCUGGACUUAAAAACCAAAUUUGGUUCAACUGCCGAUGCACUUGUCUCUGAUGAUGAAACAACCAGGCUUGUUACUUCUUUAGAAGAUGAUUUUGAUGAGGACUUAGAAACUGAGUAUUAUGCAAUUGAUAAGGAAGAAGAGGAGGAUAAGGAAAACUUGGAUGAACUACCAUUAUUAACCUUUAUAGAUGGAGAAGGACCAGAAACUCCAGCAAGUGCUAGAGCUGAGAAAUAUUCAACAGAGAAGGAGCAGAAUCCAAAUGAAGAGAGUAAGGUUGAAGUAACUCUGCCCCCUGGCCUCAAAAAUGAUGAUAAAAAUAUAUUAACAACCUGGGGGGAUACGAUCUUUUCUAUUGUCACAGGAGGUGAAGAUAAAACAGGGAUGAUGGAUUUUGAGAAUUCUAAUUCAGAAGAAGAGAAGGAAGAGGAUGAUACCUUAAUCCCAGAGAGCAAACAGGGGAAACCAUGGCCAAAAUCAGAUUAUGCUGACCCAGAAAAUGCAAAAGAUGAUCUUUCAGUUGUAGACAUCCCUAAAAUAAAUAAUGACCCAGAAAUGGACAUGGAAGUUCACAUUAUAGGAAAAGGGAGGGAAGUUCAGAAAUCAAAGAGGGAUCUGGUGCCAGAGGAGGCGGAAUCAGAGAAGCAAGAAGGGAUUGCUAGGCACAGUUACAGCAGUGACUUCAGCCCUUUGCUUGCUGCUGAGCAAGGUAAAGACACCUUACUUGUAGCCUUGGAUGACAAAGAUGACGUUGAAGGAGCAGCUGUUCUUAUUUCUAAAGAAAUGUUUCACAAAGAAAAGCCUCGAGAGCAGAUUUUGGAUAGUGACUCAGGGAGUGAAUCAGUUCGUAAAGCUGUGGAGAAUCAAAUACAUGAAGAAAAGAUUAAACAGGAGUCCUUAGAAACUGCCCCACUCCUGGGAGACAAUCAGCAUAAUACAUCUGAAGACAGCAUGGAGGAGGUAGAUGUUUCUGUCGGUGGGCCCAAACCACAUAUGCUUUCAGGGGACCAUCAACAUGAAGAACUUAAGGGGAAACACGUUCUUAAAACCCAGGGUCAAUCUAGAUUCUCCUCUCCAGAUGGAAUUGGUCUGCCAAGAGAGCUGGAAGAAGAGGUUCCCGUCCUGGGAGGAAAUCUCUCCUGGCAACAAGAAAGAGAUGUGGCUCCUGCAGCUAAUGAGCAAGUGAAUGAGAAGAUCAGGCUUUCUGAGAACGAGGUCAAAGAGGAGUCCUUAGACACAAAGUUGGUUCAUCACAAGGCAAUGCAGAGCUCACAGGAAAUGGAAAAACUAGAUCAAACUGAUAGCUCUGAAGGACCAGAUUUCCAUGCUGAAAAGCCAGAUGUGGAAGAGGACGAUUAUCCUCCUGAAGAACUACUGGAGGAUGAAAAUGCUGUAAGUGCAAAACAGCAAAAAGAAAAAAUCCCUGGGAUUCAGGACAGGUGGUUAGAUGUUACUCUACAAGUCCCUGAGAGACCAAUUUUAGGAGCCUUAAAUCCUAAUAAAGACACUGAAGAAAACAAACAAGACACUAGUAUGAUUUCGGAGAUAGAAAAAAAAAGUGAAACUGCUGUCAAAGGGGUAGACACAAAAGGCAGGGAACCAGGCAGUAUGGUAGUGGAAAAAGAGCGGAGCCCUCUGCUAGAUAAGAUGGCCCAGAGACCAGCUGAUAGCGAAUUUCCUGGCAAGAAAAAUCCUCAGACUCCAGAGUUAGAUGAAGUGUUUCAGAACAAAGAUUCUGAUUAUCUGAAAAAAGCCAGUCUUGAGGAGCAUGUGAAGACCUCAGGGCUUGCAGAGAAGCCUGUGGGAGAAGAACUCUCAAAAGACAACCAUGAGAAUACAAAGAAAUUCCUGGACACAGAGAGCCAGGUAUCCACUUCUGAAGAACUGGAGGAUGACCUGUUCCACUGGCCUCCACAUCCCAGUGGAGAGCCAGAGCACAGGGAGGACUUGCCUAUCAUAAGCAGCUUCUUCAAAGAAGAGCAGUCUUGGCAGCGGUUCCAGAAGUACUUUGAUGUGCAUGAGCUGGAAGCCAUGCUACAAGAAAUGUCACUCAAGCUGAAGUCAGCACAGCAGGAGAGCCUGCCCUAUAAUGUGGAAAAGGUCCUAGAUAAAGUCUUCCGUGCUUCUGAGUCACACAUUCUGAGUGUAGCCGAGAAAAUGCUCGAUACGCGUGUGACUAAAAAUAGAGAUCUGGGAAUAAAGGAAGAUAAUAUAUUUGAAGAGGCCGCAGUGCUAGAUGACAUUCAAGACCUGAUCUAUUUUGUCAGGUACAAGCACUCCACAGUGGAGACUGCCCCGCUGGUAAUGGCACCACCUCUAGAGGAAAGCUGGGGUGGAACAGCCGAAGAGGUGCAGCCACCACAGGAAGAUCAUUUCCCACCAGAGAGUACUGAAGAUCCUGAUCCUCAGGUUCCUGAAAAUUUCAGCCCCUUGGAUCAGCCCAUCACUAGGGACAUGGUCACCUUGGAAGUGUCACAGAAGCCGAAUACUGAGAAGGACUUAGACCCAGGACUCAUUACAACAGAAGGCUUUGAUGGUGAUGGUGUUGAUGCAAAAAAGCAACCAGAGACAAAUGCAGAAGAGCCAGGAAGUGUUACACCUUUGGAAAAUAUAGUUCUUCUAAUAUAUUCCUUCGUGUUUUAUUUAACUAAGACGUUAGUUGCUACACUGCCUGAUGAUGUUCAGCCUGGGCCUGAUUUUUAUGGACUGCCAUGGAAACCUGUUCUUAUUACAGCCUUCUUGGGAAUCGUUUCAUUUGCCAUUUUCUUCUGGAGAACUAUCCUUGCUGUAAAGAGCAGAGCAUAUCAAGUCACUGAACAGCAAAUUUCUGAGAAGUUGAAGAUUAUCAUGAAAGAAAAUGCAGAGCUUGUACAGAAAUUGUCAAAUUACGAACAGAAGAUCAAGGAAUCAAAGAAACAUGUUCAAGAAACCAAGAAACAAAAUAUAAUUCUCUCUGAUGAAGCAAUUAAGUUUAAGGAUAAAAUAAAAAAUCUUGAAGAAGCUAAUGAAAUUCUGAAUGGCACAGCUAAAAAUCUUCGUGUUAUGUUAGAAUCUGAGAGAGAACAGAACCUCAAGAAUCAGGACUUGAUACUGGAAAAUAAGAAAUCUAUAGAGAAGCUAAAAGAUGUUAUUUCAGUGAAUGCCUCAGAAUUUUCAGAGGUUCAAAUUGCACUUAAUGAAGCUAAGCUUAGUGAAGAGAAGGUGAAGUCUGAAUGCCAUCGGGUUCAAGAAGAAAAUACUAGACUUAAGAAGAAAAAGGCACAGUUGCAGCAAGAAAUUGAAAACUUGAGUAAGUCACAUGCUGAGCUCACUGAGCAAAUCAAAUCAUUUGAGAAAUCUCAGGAAGACUUGGAAAUAGCGCUUACUCACAAAGAUGAUAAUAUUAAUGCUUUGACUAAUUGCAUUACUCAGUUGAAUCGGUUAGAGUGUGAAUCUGAAACUGAGAAUCAAAAUAAAGGAGAAAAUGAGUCAGAUGAAUUAGCCAAUGGAGAAGUGGGAGGUGACCGGAAUGAGAAGAUGAAAAAGCAAAUUAAGCAGAUGAUGGAUGUCUCUCGGACACAGACUGCAAUAUCAGUAGUCGAAGAGGAUCUAAAACUUCUCCAACUUAAGCUGAGAGCCUCAAUGUCUACUAAAUGUAACCUGGAAGACCAAAUAAGGAAGUUAGAAGAUGACCGCAGUUCACUGCAGUCUGCCAAAGCCGGGUUGGAAGACGAAUGCAAAACCCUGAAGCAGAAAGUGGAGAUUCUGAAUGAACUCUAUCAGCAGAAGGAGAUGGCUCUGCAAAAGAAAUUGAGUCAAGAAGAGUAUGAGCGGCAAGAACGAGAGCAGAGGCUGUCAGCAGCGGAUGAAAAGGCGGUUUUGGCUGCAGAAGAAGUAAAAACUUAUAAGCGGAGGAUUGAAGAAAUGGAGGAUGAAUUACAGAAAACAGAGCGCUCAUUUAAAAACCAGAUUGCUGCACAUGAGAAGAAAGCUCAUGAUAACUGGCUCAAAGCUCGUGCUGCAGAAAGAGCUAUAGCUGAAGAGAAAAGGGAAGCUGCCAACUUAAGGCACAAAUUGUUAGAAAUAACUCAAAAGAUGGCAAUGCUGCAAGAAGAACCUGUGAUUGUAAAACCAAUGCCAGGAAGACCAAAUACACAAAACCCUCCACGGAGAGGUCCUCUGAGCCAGAAUGGCUCUUUUGGUCCAUCUCCUGUGAGUGGUGGAGAAUGCUCCCCUCCACCAACAGCAGAGCCACCUGGGAGACCUCACUCUGCUACUCUCAAUCGAAGAGAGAUGCCUAGAAGUGAAUUUGGGUCAGUGGAUGGGCCUCUGCCUCGUCCUAGAUGGUCCUCUGAGGCAUCUGGGAAACACUCUGCCUCUGAUCCAGGCGCUGGUGCUGCUCCCGUGAUGAACAGCAGCUCGAGAAGCUCUUCCCCUAACAAGGCGAUGGACGAGGGCAAGCAAACUGUUCCCCAAGAGUCUGAAGGCCCCUCAGUUCCCUGCAUUACAUCUUUGGCUGAGCAUCCAGUAGCCGUUAAUAUGGUGGCAAAAGGGCCCCCUCCUUUCCCAGGAGUGCCUCUCAUGGGCUCCCCUAUGGGAGGCCCCUUACCACCACCCAUUCGAUAUGGACCGCCGCCUCAGCUCUGUGGACCUUUCGGACCUCGGCCACUUCCUCCAUUUGGUCCUAUUAUGCGUCCACCACUAGGCUUAAGAGAGUAUCCACCAGGAGUUCCACCUGGAAAACGGGACCUGCCUCCUGACCCUCGGGAAUUUUUACCAGGACACACACCAUUUAGACCUUUAGGCCCUCUUGGGCCAAGAGAGUACUUCAUUCCUAGUACUCGAUUACCACCCCCAACCCACGGCCCACAGGAUUACCCUUCAUCACCUGCUGCAAGAGACUCACUGCCUUCAAGUUCUAGAGAUGAGCCUCCACCUGCUUCUCAGAGCAGUAGCCAGGACUGUUCACAGGCUCUGAAACAGAGCCCAUAACUAUGACCUCUGAUGUUUAGUCAGAGAAGAAGGGGACUGCACUGUUGGUUAUGGUAAAGGAAUACAUUGGCUUCAAAUCCAAAAGUUUAUCUUAAAAGGUUGUUUUUAGAACUAAGCUGCCUUGGCAGCAUGCAUUUUUGAGCCAAACAUUUAAAGAAUAUUUUCCCUCCUAAAUAAAAAUCACCUCGUAAGCUAGAGCGUCUUUACAAUUUUGAAAUGUGCAAUAAAGAAUACCUGUGUUUUAGUUAAUGUAGCAUAUGUAAUUGCAAAAUGAUUUGAAUGUCAUGAAGAAUAUGAACAUUUCCUGUGGAAAUGCUUUAAGAACAUGUAUUUCCAUUAUCUUAUUUGAAGUGUACACCAGUUGAAAACAGAGCAAUGGUGUUUAUAAGCUUGAUUUUUUUUUUAAAAAAAAUAUCUGGUCGCAAAGACUGUUACGCUAAAUGUUUACUGAAAAAAUAAUCACUAAACUUUAUCUCCCCUCUUGCUGAAGUUUUGUAGUAAUAGUUCAUAAAAAUUUGUUUAUUCAUACUG